GUCUCCAACCAAUAGAAAGCUAGGAUUGUGAUGACUUUUUAUUAGAUGAGUUGACCUAGUGUAAAAUCAAAGCAGGGGUAUAAUUGUUAUUAUGAAAAAUCUGUUUAAAUAAUAAAAAAAAUAAAAAAACAUAUUUUUUAUUUUCUGCCCAAAAAUUUGGUCGCCGGAAUUCGGCCAUCGGUCGCCGGAAAGUGGUCGCCGGUCGCCGGAAUAUGCCUUUUGUCGCCGGAAUAUGCUUACCGGUGUCGGAAUAUGCUUACCGGCGUCGGAAUCUAGUCAUCGGGGCCGGAAUAUGCCUAUCGGCGUCGGAAUCUGCUCACUGACGGUCACCGGAGUUCGGUCAACGAACUUCGUUGACCGGUCAACGGUCUUCGUUGACCGGGUCAACGGUCAACGAAGACCAUACAGUUCGUUGACCGGUCAACGGUCUUCGUUGACCGGGUCAACGGUCAACGAAGACCGGAUGUAUGGUCUACAUUGUGAUAUUUAUGGUUUGGUUUCUCAUAUUUUCGUAUGCCUUUUGUGGUUUGCUUUAUCGUGUUUGUGGUUUGCAUUAAGAAGUUUCUGGUUUGCUUUAUCGUGUUUGUGGUUUGCAUUGACAAGUUUCUGGUUUGCUUUCAAAAACUUUGUGGUUUGCAUUGUGAGGUUUCUGGUUUGUUUUAAUAUAUUUGCGGUUUGCAUUAGGACGUUUAUUGUUUGCUUUUUUGUGGUUUGAUUUACUGUGUUUGUGGUUUGCAUUAGGAGGUUUCUGGUGUGCUUUCGCAAAUGUUGUGGUUUGCUUUGAGAGGUUUGUGGUUUGUUUUAGGAGAUUUGUGGUUUGCAUUAGGAGGUUUCUGGUUUGCAUUAAGAAGUUUCUAGUGUGCUUUCGAAACUUUUGUGGUUUGCUUUGCGAGGUUUCUGGUUUGUUUUAAUAUAUUUGUGGUCUGCAUUAGGACGUUUUUGGUUUGCUUUACCGUGUUUGUGGUUUGCAUUAGGGGGUUUGUGGUGUGCUUUCGGAAUAUUUGUGGUGUGCAUUAUGGGGUUUCUGGUAUGUUUUAGGGGAUUUUUGGUUUGCAUUAUGAGGUUUCUGAUAUGCAUUUUGUAGUUGUUUUUAUUGCGUUUAUAAUUUAUAUUAGGCGGUUUAUGGUGCUGAUAACUAACAAAUAAAUACAAAAUUAUUACAAGGCUACAACCCCAUUUGACACAAUGACACCAAACUACAUAUGACCACAAGUACACUCUAUAAUUAGCAAAAUUAAACAACACAUCUCAAUAGAUAGACCACAAAUAUCAACUUAAAACUUGAAAAUAGCUUUCCCAGGAUCAAUGAUUCUCUUCACUGUCCAUUCAAAUUGUCAUUAGAAAAAACAAAUUCAAUUGGAGUACUAAUGAAAGAAAGAAACGAGAUAGAGAGGAAGAAAAGCAAUUGAAGCAUAGACCAUUAGUCCGCGGAAAGCCUUGGAAUGAAUUUCCACAACACAGGCCGCAGCUGGUACCACCAUUGUUGCGAAUCUCUAGGAAUUUGAGAGAUACGAACUGCAGCGAGGCAACAUAGGAGCCUCAAUGAAGUCGUCUGCAGCCGGUGCCGCCAUGGUUGCGGAGCCUUCUGCUGCUUCCGUUCACGUACCCUCUAGCAGCGGUAGAAUCCGAAUUUCCGACAGUUCCGUCACGGGAACAGGCGAACAACCGGAAUCCGAUGGCGCUCAUUGUUUAGGGAAAGCUAGCCUAGCGGCCUUCAUUGUUUCUUUUUCCCCAUCCCCCCCCCCCCCCCCCCCAAAUGCAAAAACCUGUCCAGAUUCACUAAAUGAGAAAAAACCCUCAAGGGCUUUCUCCAUGGAGCUAGCUGAUUCGAAGUCCACAAACCCAAAACAGUGCGUCCAACACCGCCACCUCUCGCUUGACCUGAGAAAUUGCCACCGCGCUGCUCCCAUCCCCCUUCUCUCCCAAAUUCAGCGACAUCAAUGGCAUCCAACGCCGCCGCAUCUGCUCCGGAAUCUCCGUCGUCGCUCGGUAACUCCUCAGUUGGUGAUGAUGUCCGUAAUCUCGUUGGACGCGGUGGAGGUGGGCGGUGGAGCUGUUGCGUUGGGGGCCGAGGAGAGUGGGAAGAUCGAAGAAGAACUGAGAUCCAACGAGAGUGUGAAGAGGACGGGGUGGGUAGGCUAAAUAUAAUUUAAUUUUUAUUUUAUUAGAUUUUAGAUAAAUUUACCCUUAUACCCUUAAUGAAUCAUGUUGUUAGUAUAACAACACACUAAGGGUGUUGUUAUACUAUCCGCACCCGUAACUUUACCCUCCUCAUGUUUUGAAGAUUAGUAACUGCCAACAGCAUCGAUCGAGUUGGAUUAAUGGCUAUCUACACAUAAUAUAAUACACCGAAGGGGAAAACGGGAGCCUCAUUUCAAAUUUCCUGCAAUGAGAGUGAAAGUAGGAAGGACAUUUUGGUCUUCACAAUUACUUUUUUUUAUUCAUUAAAAAGAUACAUACUGGGAUUUGAACCAUGACCAUUUUAAAGAAAGGCAAAGAUCAUAACCAAUCACACUAAAUACAUUUGUUGUAUCUUUUUAAAUUAAAAACAUAUAAUAGCAGGGUGGGAAAAACUCUUCCCCUAUUUCAAAUUUCCUAUGCCAGGAGCGUUUGUAGGAAUGGUGGAAUAGGGAGUGUCAAUUUUUUUCUCUUUCCUCUGUGGAACGGGCCAACUUACCGUACACAUGUGGAUUUAAACGGGUCCAGGAGUGUCAAUUUUUUUCUUUAUACCCUUUUAUUUCUCCGUGGUGAUAAAAUAUAUAUGAAAAGGCAAAAAUAAUACUCCUUUUUAUUAUUAAAAAUAAAAAAUUUAACAAUAAACUAAUGCAUGGUAUCUAAUGGGCUAACCGCUAACCAUAAAACAAAAGAGUUGAAUGAGCCUGACCUACAUGGGAUUUGGUCAUCAAGUAAAACAAAUGAACAUCAUUGGUUUGCCAUUCUAAAACAAGCUAUUUUCUCUGACAUAAUAUAUAUAUGCUAUUAUUUUAUAUCUUAGUGGCUAAAAUAUAAUGUAUUUUAAAGUUAUUCAAUGGUUCAACCUCGACCAACCCAAUUAGUCCAAUUUUUAUCAUUUCAAAUAUAUAUUUUAUAAUUAUUUGACAUCAUAAUGAUCAAAUUAUAGUGUAUUUUAUAGGGAAUCGUUUGGUAUUGUUAGUAAAAAACUAAACAUAAAGAUUUAUUUGGUUAUUUUAAACAUUAAAACGAUCCUAAACAUUUUCAGUUCCUUUUGAAUUUAUAUGGUUUUAUUCCCAAAUAAGUGAUGUGCAAAUGGCGAAUUGUAGUCGUCUCUUUUCUUUCACUAUUUUUUAUUUUCAAAUAGAAAGUUUAAAAGUAAAGAAUAAUUAGAAUUUGGCAUGGGUCGGUCAAACAUGUUGAAUUUCAAGUUUUGUCCUGUUUGUUUUAUGCAUUGCAAAUUUAUUAGCAUGUUGAUGGAAAUGGCUUGGAAAAAAGACAUAGAAGUUGUACCUUUGCAGAAAUGUCCUCAAAUGUUUGAAUGCUUUGUGAAUCAGGUUCUGUGACUUUUGUGAUGGUGUAUGUGCUUGACGAUUGCUCGAUGUUGUAACUACUUAAUUUGAGAGUAAAUCUUUUGAUUUUCCCUAUGAGUUGUGAUACCAGUUCUGGUGGUUGCAGCAUGUUGUCGUUGUUGGCCUGUAAAAGUUGUUCCGUCGUGAUGCUAAAUACCUUUCUUUCUUUUUUAACAAAUUGUGUAGUAGUGCUAUGAAACAGACCACCCAUGAACGCUACGCUUAUUAUGGUCUGUUCUUACUUCCGGUGGUGAGAAAUUGUGAAUUGAGAAUCAUAUUCGCCUACCGCACUGUGUCUGGUUGGUGGCUGCUUACUAUGCUCUCUAGAGUUAUGAAACAGACUACCCAUGAACGUUACCCUUAAGAGUCCAUAACUUUUCGAAAAACCAAAUUUAGGCAAUCAAAGGUGGUGGAUGUUUGAUGAUUUUUUAUGGCUUAAUUGUUUGUGAAUUGGAUAUCUGAUCUUUGUAUGAUUAGAGGGGAUGUUUGCUUAAUAGAAUAAUCCAUUUUAA